AGCGCAGACAUUCAGGAGCCCGCAGUCUCGGGAGCGGAGCGGGCGGGCUCGGCCUCGCUGCGCCCGCCGCCGCGGGGGGCCGCCUCCCGCCCCGCGCGCCCGAGGCGCCGCGGAUGGGCGCCGUGCUGACGUGCAGCUGCGCCGUGCUCUCGGAGGAGUGGCGACGUUCCGCCGAGGAAGUCUCCGACGCGAGGGUGGGCACGCAGGCGGCGCUGACCGACCUCACCGACGGACAUGCUGACGGCUUGAGCCGAAGCAAGCGAAGCUUCACAGAGCCCUGCCUUGCGUCCAAGGAGUUCUGUCCUGACGAGCCCGGGGCGGCAGCAUCUGGCCUGCAUGCGAAUGUCCUGAAGACGGCGCAGCUGACCAUCCCGUUCCUCAGGAGCCUC